CUCCUCCAGGCGCGCUCGAGAGUGGGCGUGGCCAUGAAUAAUAUGAGGUCAUUAUUCAUGAGCCAGGCCACGCCCCUUUUCUCCCGUCCCGCUCGCCUGCUCUGUGGGGCGUGACGUCACGUGAACCGCCCGUGUCCGUUCCAGCUGAGAGCAGCAGGGAGAGGACGCUCGGACGUGGACGUCUGAUCCGAGCCCGUGCGCCCGUGACUGCGUUCACCGGAUGCAAAAAAGUACAGACAGAGAGGAAACGACCCCUUCUCCCCCCCCCUCGACGGACAGCAGAGCGUGACAGCAGAGGAGAGAGAAGCAGCAGCAACACAACUUGUCAUCUGACCAAUACAGACACUGCUCUCGUGGUUGGGUGCUUUAUUUUUUUUGUGUUUUGCUUUUUCCUCUUGUACACAGUUUUAUUUACGGAGGAAUUGUUUUCUUUUAGUUGUAUUUUUUUUAAAUCUGUUUUAUGCAGCCCCAGACGACCAACUCUGGAUACUGCUUUUCAAGUUUGAGCUGAGAUAUUUUUUCAGUGCAACGCACUGGUUAUUUUCAAGCCUUUUGCAUUUUUAUUAUGGACAGUUUUCCUGUUUUCACGGUCUGACUGUCCCUCCCACACUGCUCCUGCGAGGAUUUCAGCUUGAUUUCAGCAGUUUCAACAAUAUUCCGACAGCAAUGGAGUACUUAAGUGAAAAUAUUCCUUCAAGGGAAUAAGAAUCUCCAUACAACAACAGCUUGACAGUCACCAGACAUAUCUGUCCUAUUGCUAGGUACUCUGGUCUGAGUGCAUCACCCCUUCAAGUGCCCCAGGUGUCUGUUCACGGCCCCAUCCGGUCCAGGAUGUCCAGGCAGCUCACUCAGCUUCCGACCCCCGACCUCCCAGCUGGGGCAAGCCCACAGUUUGGAAGUUGCUCUCAGCCUGGAGGCUCGCUCACAGGUGGGCAUGUCAACUCCAUGUCUGGGCUGAAAUCCCUCCUGCAGCACCCCAUGAAAGGAGACCACCGUUUAAAAAACGGUGACACAAAAGACAAAGACAGACUCGACCUUGAUGAGGAGUCUUUGGACGUGUGCGCUAUGAGGAAUGGCAAUGGAGUAAUCAAUGGUAACAACAACAAUAAUGGCUGCACAGGAGGAGGUUCUGGUGGAAAUGCAGGAGGGAGCUACAACCAGUUCCUGGGACCCCUCCUGUGGGAUCGCACCUUGCCUGCAGAUGGAGGCCUCUUCCAGCUUCAGUACAUGGACUUGGAGGAGUUUCUGACUGAAAAUGGAAUGGGCAGCAUGAACAACAAUAACAGCUCCAGUUCGGCCCAGAUCCCCUCACAGAGCUCCCAGUCAGCUGUUCCCAGUCAGAGCUCCCAGUGCCUACCGCCCUCAUCCCCGCCUGGAUCUUCACCCUCUUCCUCUUCCUCUUCGUCCCCGUCUCUCAUCGGUCUGGAGGUGGCUCAGCCGCAGGGCCUUGGAGGAGGAAAUGACUGUCUGCAUGGGAGCCAGACGAGUAUGAACGACUCUUGUGAGUCACCUUGUUCGUCCUCCUCGUCCUCCUGUCCACCUCUACUGACGCCAACGGACAGCGGGCCAGACGGCUGUGGAAUGUUUGAGAUGGAACCUUCAGACGUGACCAUGUCUAGCGUCUCAAGCCAGCAGAACUUUGACCCCAGAAGACACUCUUUCAGUGAAGAAGAGCUAAAGCCACAGCCAAUGAUCAAGAAAGCUCGCAAGAUCCUGGUGCCAGAUAACAUGAAGGUGAGACCACAGAGGAAAAUUGAGGAUGAGAAGUACUGGAACAGGAGGCAUAAAAAUAAUGAAGCAGCAAAGCGAUCCAGAGACGCUCGCCGUCUCAAGGAGAACCAAAUAUCAGUGCGUGCCGCUUACUUGGAGAGAGAGAACGCUGCCCUCCGACAGGAGGUGGCUGAGAUGCGGAAGGAACUGGGCCGCUGUCGCAGCAUCCUUAGUAAAUACGAGAAUCGUCUUGCUGACCAGUGAUGAUGGCAUCGAAGAAAAUCAGGAAGAGGAGGAAUAUAAGCUGGAUUAAAUCUUAAGACUCUGAUUUUCUGUGGUGGCAUAAUGGACAGAAUGGGGUCAAGAUGAUGAUGAUGGUGGGGAAGACUGUAAUUAUGAUGAUGAAUGUAUAAGACGAAGAGAAGGUUUGCGCAUUGAAGCUCAGGUGUCUUGUUUUGUCAAGGUUUCUGCUCUUUAAAGUGAUUGAUGGACAGAAUAAUUUAAGAGAAGAAAGAUGUUACUUUUAAGAGUUUUGUUAAUGGAGAAUUGUAUAUUUUUAUAAUACUCAAGAAAAAUUUAGAGGAAGAGCAAAUCUGGAGAAUAAUUUUGUAUAUUUUCUACAUGUGUGGGACAGAGCGAUCCGGGAAAGUUAUGGUAAAUAUUUUAUUGUAGACGAGUCAGGAGAUGUCUAGCAUCCAUUGAUGGGCAUUUUUUGGACUUUUUAUAGUCGCUGUGCAGCAGCAGGGUUGAGGAUGCGUGUAACAAUUGUAAUAUAGAGAGCAAAAUUAAGUUAAAUCAUAUAGUUAAACUUUUUUUCUGGAUUAUACUCGAGCACUUAAUUUUUUCGUGUCAUGUUUCUGUCACUGGGCAUGCUCGAGAGAGAGAUAGACAGAAUGGUAGUCAUGAGGGUACACGACCUAUACACUUCAGCACUAUUCUUGAUAUUUUUCCUGACCAGUUUUUGUGUUUUUUUUUUUAAUUUCAAUCUACAACAUCAUCCCUUUUGAUCGUCUUUAGUUCCCCUCUCUUUCUACCUUGUGUUUAACUUGAAUGGAAUGGUACAUCUUUUAUAAAAUCCAUACUUGGAUCUCCUUUCCUCCAUCCCAGUGGGGUGUUCUCAGUCCGCUUCGGUGUUUUGUGCUGGUGAAAGUCCGUGGUGGAGCUCUGACUAAUUCUGCUCCUCUGCAUCCUCUUUGAGCUGCUCCCGUAUUUUCUGUAUCCACUUCUCUAUUUCCAUCUGCUCACACUUACUGCAAGUCCCCCUCACAGCCCAGAGCGAACUUUUCCAAUAUAAUUUUGUCCUCUCGUGUGCCUCCGUGGUGCAUAGACGAUUAAAAUCUCAGUGUUGUAAUGUACUCUAAAAUAGUGAUCAAUCCUCACAGUAAGACGCACAUUGUAACUUAACUGUAUUAAAUGGAAACACUUUUAUUAUGAUCAUACUUGGAGGAAGAAAUCUCCUGUUUAUUGACUAGGCCUGUUUUAUAUAUUUGAUGUAUUUCAGGAGAUGGGUUGAGUACCCCCAUUGAGUGGAAUGGUGUUAAUUUCUCAGAUUUCUGGGAGAAGUAAAAGCCAAAAUAUCCUCUUUAUCUACAAAGCUUGUUGCUAUUUAGUGCUUUUUUUUUCAUACUUCUCUUUCCUCACGGUUUUACCUACUUUGUACGGUAUCUAUUAACUUCUCUGUGUACCUAAAACACCUACACAAGGGCAAAGUACACUUUAUUAUGUUCCUAGGGGAGGGAUGACUAGUAAUAGAGUGUGAUAUUAUUCCCGUUAAUGACCAUGAUAAAUAGUCACCAUUACAGCUAUUGUUAUUGUUAUAAUUAUUAUGAUUAUCCCUCUUAUUGUUGUUGUUCUGUAUUAUUGAAUGUUUUACUUUCUUUGGAUGAACAUGAUCUGUUGCACUUUGAAACAUUUUGAUCUUCAGAGAUGCUGUUCAAAUGGAAAGAAGAAAAAGAAAAGAAAAGAAACCCUCACCCACAGACAUAAAGCAUUACUCUUUUUUUUUUUUUGCUCUUUGACGCCACCGCCACCAUCUCUGACCAUGGAUUUUAUAAACAUGGACCAGUAACCUGAACCCGUUGUUCGCCAGACUUAUUUUACCUUUCAUGACAACUUCUUCUGUCCCCCCCAGCUGUGUGUGGACUAUGCACGCGACUGAUAUGCUUCUUGUCGGUUUCUUUCUGCCUUUAUCACUCCAUUCAGUGAUUGUUCGCUCUUCCAGCAGGAUUUAGUCUCUAAUAUCGUCACAGAUGUGGUUGAUAAAUCUUGUAGUGACACUAACUAAUCAACUGCCCUGCUGCAUCAGUAGUGUCCAUGGUGCCCAGCCCGCCAGUCAGUGCUGGUUGUUUGGAUGUAGUUGAAAUUUCCCAAAAAACACCAAUAAAAGAUUGUUCUGA